UGGGAUUCCGCAAAGGAGGUUGUGACGGGAAAACAACAGGUUUCUAGAAGGCAUCCUUAACAGAACCAUCUGAAUUAACUCCUCCAAUCUGGACCGAAUCUUCUGGGUGACGGAGUUCCUCACCUUUUCUCCCAGGCAAAAAUGUUUCUGUCUGUUGAGAUAUUCUGAGUUUAAUUUGCUGCUGUGCUAAUGAUCAUUGUUCAACAUUAUAACCCAAGUGUUGAUGGGGUUCGACACUCCUCUCUCUGCACAGGAGCAGAUGUUCAUCCUGUAUGAAGUCAAAAUGCGGUGCUAUCAGAACCUGUCCAGUAUGGAACCAACAACCACAGAUGACGUGUGCCCUCCAGACUGGGAUGGUCUUAUUUGUUGGCCUAAUGGGUCACCUGGGCAGAUUAUCAAGGUUCCCUGUCCAGCUUACAUCUAUGACUUCAAUCACAAAGGACACGCUUACAGGAGGUGUGAUGUCAACGGUUCCUGGGUCUUUGUGGAGCAAUGGAACAAAACAUGGACCAAUUAUUCAGAGUGUCUACGGUUCCUUCAGCCCCUCAAUGAUGACGAAGCAAGACAAGACUUCUUUGAGCGUCUGUAUGUCAUGUACACCACCGGCUACGCUGUGUCCUUCAGCUCUCUGUUAGUGGCCAUCAUGAUCAUUGGAUACUUUCGGCGCCUCCACUGCACCAGAAACUACAUCCACAUGCACUUGUUCGUUUCCUUCAUGUUGCGGGCUGUCAGCAUUUUUGUGAAGGACAAAGUUUUCUAUUCGAGUGCCGGAUUGCAAGACUUCGACUUGGCCCUCCUGGAUAACCUGAAAACAGUGAGCAUUUCAUCACUCGACAAGUCCCAGUAUAUCGGCUGCAAGGUGACGGUGCUGCUCUUCAUCUACUUCCUGGCCACCAACUACUUCUGGAUCCUGGUGGAAGGCCUCUACCUGCACAGCCUCAUCUUCAUGGCGUUUCGCUCAGACUCUAAAUACCUCUGGGGAUUCAUAUUCAUUGGAUGGGGUGUUCCUGCUGUGUUUGUCGCAAUCUGGGCGAUCGUCAGGGCAACGCUGGCAGACGCAAGGUGCUGGGAGUUAAGUGCUGGUAACAUCAAAUGGAUUUACCAGGUUCCUAUCUUGACAGCAAUUGGACUCAACUUUAUUUUGUUUGUGAACAUUGUGCGAGUGCUGGCCACGAAGAUUAGAGAGACAAACGCAGGGAGAUAUGACACCAGGAAGCAGUACAGAAAAUUGGCAAAGUCCACCCUUGUGCUGGUGCUGGUGUUUGGCAUCCACUACAUCAUCUUCAUUGGACUGCCUCACACAUUCGAAGGACCAAGCUGGGAGACUCGCAUGUAUUGUGAGCUAUUCUUCAACUCCUUUCAGGGCUUCUUUGUGUCCAUUAUCUACUGCUAUUGCAACGGAGAGGUUCAGACAGAAAUAAAGAAAGCAUGGACACGCUGGAAUCUUGCCUUUGAAUGGGAGGGCCCGGUGGUCUGCGGUCGCUACCGUUACGGCUCCGUGGUUGUAGGUCUCAACAACAACAGCACCAGCAGUCAGUCCCACCUGGCCGGUGGAGGCCAUUCCACACGCUCCACCACCCUCGCUUCAAGUCGAGCUUAUCGAAGCACGGGCGCGCCCUCCAUCAAUGUGCAUGCCACCCUUCCGGGUUAUGUGAUGACAAACUCUGAUCCCUCCAUACCCGAAGAGCUGGAGGACAGCGGCCCCAAAAGAGUGGACGAUAUCUCACUGAAAGAAAACUUGCCUGUACUGAAUAUAAGUGCAACUGCUGAGGAUGAGGAGGAAACGCUGUAGCUUGCAAAACAUGCAAAAAAAGACUGAUUAAAUUUUACACCGGUGGAGCCAUGGAACUCUUUACUUUGUUGUGUAAUUUAAAUUUUGACAAAGGUAGCUAACACAAAUGAAAACUAAAAAAUGAAGGAGCAUUGCGAACUCUACGUGGAGUAGUCAAUGCUGAAAUUAGUUCCAAUGCCCAACACGAUUCAUACAUUUUUAUAUGACUGAAAGGACUGAUCGACAAGUUCUUUUUUUUAUUCUCAAGAGAGACUCAACGAGACACUCAAAUCAAAUUUAUACCUGGAUUUAAUGAAAUCAUUGAACCCUAGCUGUGACUCUGGUGCAGGUGAUAAAAGCAAGCAUAUUCAUUUUAUACAUUUUACUUUAACUUUGUUAAUAUCCACUUGUAACAACUCAUGCUGCACUGGUAUGAAGGGCUUUUGGGGCUGUGAUAUUGCUUGUGGUAAAAAUAAUGUGUAUGAGAGGAUUGAGACAACAAAAGAGCACUUAUUUUUGUCAUGAAGGAAACUUCAUUUAUCCAACUGCCUCUGGGGGCCACUCAAUAGAUGUGUACUUAAAAAACGAGAAGCAAGCUCUUGCAUACAAGUACUGAAGUUAGAAACAUGUAUCUAAAACAGUUUUGGAAGCUCCUUCUUUCUCUUGCUGCUAACUGGUGUGUACCUUUAAUGAGGAUCACAUCUGAAACUAAAUGUGAAGCUCCAAAUCAGAAGAAGCACAGAUUAUUGUUUACAUAAAACAGGGUGUUUGUAAGAUAGCAGUGACAGCACAGGUAGCAUGUCAGACGUAAAAGUGUUUUUGCUUGGAAUAUUGUAUUGAUGAAACAUUUUUUUUACAAAGAAAAAAUUAUAUUUUAACCUCUAAAGAUUUAGUGUGUGCUAGAUUUCUCCAUUACCUCCAUUGAGCAGAGAAUAAAAUCUUAAACAAAAUGUUUUGUUAGGUCCAGAGAAACUUUUCCAAACAAUGUAUUUUAUGAAUUUUAUGUUUUAAUGUCAUUGUAUAAAAAUAAGAGCAUUUUAUAGGAAGUGAAUUGGAUAUUUUCAAAGUGCUGCUGCAUCUUUGAAGUACAUAUUGUUGAUGUGCCCCUGUUCUGAAAGGUGAAUGUUAGUUGAGAUAAGGUCUAUAAAAAUUGCAGUUUCUGCUGCAUAAGGUCUAUGUUA